CACUUGAUAAAUCAAUCAAACGCCAUAACUUCAAUAACAGGUGUUACUCAUUUGAAAACUGAACAGCAUCGGAUGUAUUAGAGCUUCGUUCUGCCGCAAAAGCCUGACAGCGUUAUGCUAAACCAGUAAAAAAAUUAAAAAAACGAUACAUCCCGAUGGAGGACCAAUUCCUGCGCAUGCGGUUUGAGUGCCAAAACAAUCAGCACAUAUUUUGGGAGUAAAGUAGUGUUAAGGAAGUUGUCACUUUGAGAGAAAUCGAGCGUUUUUUGUUGUUGCAGAAGUUAAGAUAAUUCAGAUGGCAACAGGCAUCUUAUAUGUGAAACAAAAAUCCAAUAAAGUCAGCGCAUUACAAAGAUUUCCUCAAAAGUAGCGGAAAGCCAAGGCCAAGAGUAGAGUGACUUUGGUGCAAAUCAGCUGAUUUCAUUUCACGGUGCUGCCUUGAAAUCGAUUUUUCAAUGUUGCAAAAGGAACAAAUCAAAGUGGCUAGAUGGAAAUUUUGGAUGUAGAUAAUCCUGGAUUGAUUGAAGCCCGGUCAAACUGUUACUUAACAAAAGUCACCGCAACGUAAUCGUUGGCCGGAACUACUGGUGGAAAAUCGAUACAAACACCUAGUGGUUUGAAAAUGUGGUGCACUGUGAUAGGAAUUGUACUCGGGGUGAUUGUGGCCCUGUACGCGCUAUUUGAGUUGCACUACUUCCUGCGGAUGUGCCUUUGUGUAAUUGCAGCGCGGUACAUCAAGAAACGAAUGCACAUCCUGGAAACUGCUACGGUUUGUGGUUUAUGCCUUACAAAUGACGUCGACACGUUAUUAUACCACAUGAAUAAUGCUCGUUACCUGCGCGAGGUAGACUUUGCUCGGGUUGACUUUUACGAAAGGACACUUCUCUGGCGGACAAUCCUCAGCAAGGGCGGAUCGGUGGUUCAGGGAGCAACAACCAUUCGCUAUCGAAGAUUUAUUCGUCCAUUUACUCGUUUUACUAUCAGUUCUAGGAUCGUAUACUGGGACAAUCAGUCAAUUUUCAUGGAGCACCGAUUCAUCGGUCGUACGGAUGGCUUUAUCCACUGUAUCGCGUUGUGCCGACAACGGGUCAUUCAGUGUUCCGUAGAGGACGUCAUGGCGACGCUGCUGAAGCCCAUCGAGACCGCGACUAGUUCGACCGAGUGUCUGGAAAAGCUCGAGAAUGGCAUCGAAAGUGGUGGAAAUGUUACGACUGUGACCACUUGCGUCGAAUAUGCUGCAAAAUUGAAACCGGAAAUACCCCCGGAAGUGGCCAAGUGGCUUGAAUGGAACGACAUUUCUAGUGCUUGCUUACGCAGUGGAUGUUGAUCAGAUUUUAUUGACUCACAGGAUUUGAACUGUGUGCUAUCCUGCUUUUUACCACAACAAAACGAGACAAAGAUGAACACAGCUUUUCUUAGACUUUCUUAUUGUUGAUUCUGUUGGAAUAAAACCAUCAAAUUUUAAAUUAUGUUU